UUUACUCAAUUUUCCAGGUUAAACAAGGAAAUAAUGGCUCAAACACCUGUUCCUCCAGAAGUACUGCAACAACUCACUCCUGUGCUUACUAGCCUUUUGUCUGUUGAUAAUAAUGAAAGAGGUGCUGCCGAAGCUCAUUUGAAUGAGCAUUGGAUUGUCCAACAACCUGAUCUUUUACUUCUUGGACUUGCAAGUUUUGUAGCCCAUAAUACCGACGUUCAGCUUCGUUCUUAUUGUAGCGUUCUUUUACGUCGUCUAGCUUUCAAAGAAGAAAUGCACGCUAGCACCGAACCAGCAGAUGACGGCGCUAUGCGUCCUCGCAUUUGGGAUAGCGUCCGAGACACCACCCGACAAGGUGUUAAAGAGCUCUUAUUGUUUUCUCUCGCUAAUGAAACUGAUCAAAGCACUAGGCAUAAAGUAUCGGAUACUAUCGCUGAGGUUGCAAAAGAUGACUUCAGUUGUCAAACUCGUUGGGAAUACUUAUUGAAGGCUCUUUUUGAAUGUACUCAGUCACCUAAUCCUGCUCAUAGAGAAUCAGCUUUCCGUAUUUUAGCCGCUGUCCCAGAAUUAAUAGCUGAUCAAAAUGCUGAAGUUGUUAAGAACGUCUUUUUGACAAGUUUAACUGAUGCGGAGAGUCAAGCGGUGCGUUUGGAAGCCUUGAAGGCCGCUGCAGCCUACAUUUUAGAUGCUGAUACUAAGACUCAAAAAGUGAUGGGUAAUUUGAUGCCUCAAAUGCUUGAUCCUUUAUCUCCUCUUAUCACUGCCCAUGAUGAUCAAAAUCUUGUUGACAGUCUUGUUGUUCUUAUUGAAUUGGGUGACAGUUGUCCUAAACUCUUCCGUCCCGUUUUUCCUAAUGUUCUUACCGUUAUGGUUUCACUUGCCAAGGACAAGACGUUCGAAGAUCGCACGCGACAAACUGCAUUGGAAUUGUUAUUGUGUAUUUCUGAAGCUGCACCUGGUAUGAUUCGUAAAGUUCCUAAUUUUGCUUCUGAGAUCGUUCCCGUGGCUAUGGAAAUGAUGGUCGAUAUUGAUGACGAUGAAUGUUGGUACACCACAGAUGAUUUGGAUGAUGACGACAAUGAAGAAAACUAUGUUAUGGGCGAGAGUACUUUGGAUAGAAUCGCUCGUACACUUGGAGGUAAAGCUGUUGUUCCUGUUUGUUUCCAAUAUAUUCCUCAAAUGCUUCAGUCCGGCGAAUGGCAACAACGUCGUGCUGCCCUUAUGGCUAUCUCAUCUAUUGGUGAAGGCUCUGUUGACGUGAUGGAACCUGAGCUUGGAAACAUCAUCAGUAUGAUCUUACCAUUUGUUAAGGAUCCUCAUCCUCGUGUCCGUUAUGCUGCUUGUAAUACACUUGGUCAAAUGUCCACCGACUUUGCACCAUUCAUUCAAGACCAUUUCCACGAAGCUAUAAUUACUUCUCUUUUGCCUGUUCUGCGUGAUGAGCAACCUAGGGUACAAUCGCACGCUGCUGCUGCAAUGGUGAACUUCUGUGAAGAAGCUGAAAAGAGACACAUUGAGCCUUACCUUGACAAUAUGUUGGAAAGUCUCGUUGAUCUUCUCAAGACAAACAAGACCUACGUUCAAGAACAGGCCAUCACUACGAUCGCUACAGUCGCUGAUAGCGCUGAAGAUCGCUUUAUUAAAUACCACAAUGUUAUCAUGCCUCUUAUCCUUGACAUUCUUCGUCAAGCAGACGGUAAGGAAUACCGUAUUAUGCGUGCCAGAGCCAUUGAAUGUGCCUCUCUUAUCGGCCUUGCUGUUGGCAAGGAAGCUUUUGCUCCUUACACCAAUAACUUCAUUCAAAUUCUGGCUGAAAUCCAACAAACUGUUACAGAACCUGAUGACGUGCAAUCUACUUAUCUCCUAACAGCUUGGGCUCGUAUGUGCAGAGUUAUGGGAGAUGACUUUUUACCCUAUCUUCCCAAUAUCAUGCCUCCUCUCUUACAGUCUGCUAAAUUGACACCAGAGUUCACUAUGGUGGAUGAUGAGGAAGAAGAUGUGGAAGCUAAAUACCCUGCAGAAGAUGGUUGGGAAUUUGUUGGUAUUCAUGGUCAACAAAUCGGUAUUAAGACUUCUGUGUUGGAAGAGAAGAACACCGCUUUGGACAUGCUUGUGACUUAUGCUCGUGAUUUGGGAGCGGGAUUCUUACCCUACGUUCCUGAAGUUUUUCAACUUGCUCUACCCUUACUCAAGUUUUAUUUCCAUGAUGGUGUUCGUAUGGCAGCUGCAUCCCUCAUUCCUAUUUUAUUACAGGAUGCUAAGGAAGCCAACGUGGCUCAGAACGAGCUUGCCAAUAUGUGGAAUACUAUCUACGGAAGAUUCAUCAAGCUCAUGUCCAUGGAAGAUGACAUUACUUUCUUAGCUCAAAUAUAUGCCAGUUUCUCUGAAUGUGUCCAGACUUUGGCUGACCGUCCCGGCAUUCUUCAACCUGCCCAAGUAGAAGGAUUUAUUAAGGCGACAGAUGAACAAAUGCAGAAAUCAUUGAAGCGAUUGACUAACUGUGAAAAGGUGAAGCAGUCUGAAGACUAUGAGGGUGUUGAGGACGCCGAAGAAAUCUUAGAAACGGAAGCGAUGGAAGAAGACGUCUUGAGCGAAAUGGCAGGCACAUUCAAAUCUUUAGUCAGCUCUCUUGGUAACGAUUUCUUGACGCCUUAUUUCGAUUCAUUGGUGCCUACCAUCACACAAUUUGCAGCACAUCCUAGUGGACCUGCACAACAUUUCUGUGGUUAUAUAUUUGAAAGCUUGACAGAGGUUUUGGGUCCUCAAGGGGCUGCUAAGUAUUCCUUUUUGAAUCGUAAAUAGUUAUAGCUGUCAAUGAUGUCACCCUUCUAAAUAUAUAUAUAUGUAAUGUAAAUUCUCUUUUGUAAUAAUUAUCCAUCCCAAUCUUUUCCUUCGUUUCGCCAUCCUCUAUAUGACAACCAUUUUUUUUCUCCCUCUAUUUUGUACAAAAUAUAAAAACGUUUGAUAUUCUCCUUGGAAAAAGCAUUACAUCAAAAACUAUAAGCACUUUUAAACUUUUGACAAUGUGAAUUUGAACAAACUUGUCUAUCUUAACCGGAAAGUUUAUUGCAUUUGAUGCACACAAUAUCGAAGAUAGUUUACGCUUAUAAUGUCAAGAAAACGAAAUAAAGUACUGUAAAACAAAGAAUUCGAACACGAACGGGUCUUACCAUUUUUUUCAAGCUAGAAGAUAUGUAGUAA